CGGUUCCAACCAUUCUUUCGAGUCUCCACAGAUAAAACAGUAGUUCAAAGAUUUGAACUUAAGAUAUCUGUAUUUUGUGUAUUUACUUCUUUUACCUUUAAAGAUUAAAGAACCAAUCAUACAAUUUGGCAACACUGUUGUUUUCUGAAAUUUCCACCAAUCAUAAUCGAGAAAAAGCCAACCAUAUCAUUCACCUCCAACCCCCAAAAAUCAUUUUCCAAUCUCCCGACCCCUAACCCAACGCGCAUUUAGAACUGCCAACUCCAAUCAGGGAAUUGAUUUUCAGGUGGAGUUGUUUGCUUUGUGCCCUCUUGUUUUCUGAAUCUGUCCAGAGGGGUUAUUGAAAUAUUCUUUGCAACCAACCAAUGAAAUGAGUGAAAUACUGCUGCAGUAUGGAUAUUUUAAUAACAAAAGUGCCCUGAAAAUGUAAUAUGGAAUUAUGUAUUAUAUGUUGGGACCUGUCUUGUGCUUCGUUUUACUUGUAAACGUUGCUAAAGUUGCUAGCUUUAAGCGAGUAUCAGUAGACAUAGGAAAAAACGUAACAAUAAAAUGUCCUUUAAAUUAUACAAGAGAUGUAAUGUGGGAACGGGAGGGCAAGAAACAAGGCACAAAUAUGAACAUGCACGUCUUACAAAGUGGCUCUCUAUUUUUGAUGGAAGCUGAUAGAAGUGAUUCUGGUAUUUAUAGCUGUAGCCGAGAGAAUGACGUCAAGGAUCUGAAGGGAAAAGUCAAUGUUACAGUGAGAACGCCCCCGCCACCAUUAAUAGUUUCAAUAAAACCUAGUACGAUAUUAGUUCUAGUAUGUUGGGAAGUUAACGGCACUGGUGGGUAUCCUAUUAUAUAUUUCACUGCCCAAUACCGGUUGGCGUUUACUAACGAUAGUUGGAUACCUAUUUCGCCCAAUCACAUCAUGCCGAAUUCAAGGCAACUUGAAGUUUAUAGCUUGAGACCGAAUACGACGUAUGAGUUUCGAAUGUGGGCUACAAAUCAACUAGGAAAAAGUUCUAUUUCCAACGUGUUAGCAACCACAAGAGGUCAAUAUCCAGAAAUAGAAUUAGCCAGACAUUUGUUGAAAGGGGCUGAUAAGUUCGACACUAGAUGGUGGGCGGCCGCGGUUGGAGUAGUCAUGGGAACUUUGAUUCUGCUUGGAAUUGGGACUUGUGUAUUACUCUACCAAGAGUGCAGAAAGCCAUAUUUUGACGAAGAUGAGCCGGAAAUAAUAGAACUAGUCCCAAAUAUAAUUUUGAAUCCCGGAUUUGAAGGCCCAAGCCACCGAAACGACAUCUCGCCAGAUGAAAAUUCCAACAAUGAAACCCCAAUUCGCCUUAACAACAACACUGUUGUACAACCACAAAACUUAUAACGCGCAUAAUACAUUUUGUACAAGUUUUUUUUGGAGACUAAAUAUGGAGUUUUUUUCCAAUAAAAAACAAUAAUUGCAACUAAAUUUUCAAGCUAAUGUUUCUUAGUAUUCAGUGCAAAUAAUUAUAAUAAUGUUCAGCAACAAUAUUUUUCAGUUAAUAGAUACAGCUACUUAUUAGACUUUAUUUUAUAAUAAGACAAUAUGGGCUGCAAUAGAAAAACAUAUCGAAUAUUUUUGUCAAAAUGUCAAAGAGUAGAUUAUAUUUAGGAAUACUCGACUAUAAAACAAAAUAAUGCAAUCAUAAUUUAGUGCAGAUGAGAUGCGAAGGCGCUAAUUAAUAUUUUUUACAAAAUUGGCUUCCUUAAAAUACGAGUGAGUUUAAUCUUAUUGGGUUUGGCCUUAUAUUUGAAUGGAUCAAAAUUUUACUUUUUAAUAAAUCAUGUUUUGUUUAUAUAAGCUUAUACUUAUUGGAAUAGCAACACAGACUUUUUCAAAUUUAAAAAAAUAAUAAUUUAAAAAUUUGAGGCGAAUUGAAUGAAUAAAUAAUACAUAUGUCAUUUAGUUUUAAAAUUAUUUGUUCAAUGUUUGUUCUACAUUUUAAAAUAAGGCCAAACCAAAACAUGAGUUGUGAGCAGUGUUCCAAAAAGAAAAACUAGUUGUUAUUAGUAUUAUAAAUUAUAUUUACAGGGUAUCCUGAGUAUAAAUGCGCUAAUAUUGAUUUUACUCCUAUUUGUGUAAAAUGUAGUGGCAUUUAGAUUGCGUUUAAACCCUUGUAUAGAUUGAUAAAGAUACAAGAAAUAUGUGCUUAAUAAUCAUAAGAAAACAUUAUCAGUGCCUCUAAGUAGAUAGGUAGAUAUUUGUCAAAAAAAAAGGAAUAUCUUUUUUUCUAAGUUGGAAUUCUAGUGGACAGAUUGUCGUCAAAGUGAAUUGAUCUGAAUAACACUCGAAUUAUUAAGACAGUCAGAUCCACUUAAAAUCGCCUAUUGAAAAACGUUGAUUUGGAAAUUCCAGCUGUUUGAAGACAGCACAUAGUAUGUUCUUUGAAUAUGAGAAUAUUCCCAGACUGAUCGUUAUUUGAUAGUUUUUCAUAAAAUAUAACAUUCCACAUUUUUAGUUUUUAGAUUUAGCUAGCAUAAACAUUUUUAUAUUGUGUGUGAUUGAGAUGCAAUGUUUGUUUGUAUGUAGAUAAUGAUCUACUGAAACUUUCGUGUGGCCCUCUGAAACAGGCUUUAGUUUUUUCGAAGGACAAAAUACUCUUAGUAUUUGGUAUUAGAAACAAUAUUUUGAAAUUGCAUUUUGAGAUCCAUCCACAGAUUCCUAGUUAAAUAACUGCCUGAAAUGCAUUACAUUAUUACAAUCUAGGAAAAUGCUAAAAUUGACUAUAAUCAAAAAACGAAAUAAAUUCAGUUUCAAGUCCCACUAAAGUAAUACAUCAUUUCAUUCGACAUAUUAUUGUCACAAAGUGUUUUAGUUCAGCCUAUUUGACUUAUUUUAGAAACAUUUUUAAUUUAAUUGCUUCGUAACUAUAGUUAUCUAGAUUACCUAAGGGAUGUAAGUGCAGUCAUGGACCAAGUCCAAGAGCACUAUGUUCCAAGUUAUGUAUUACACUUUUUCCACUUUUCUUCAUCUCUUUACUCUGGUACUGAUUUAAAUUCUGUUCACAAUCCGAUGUCCAAAGGUGCAGGUAAAUUUAUCACCUUCCCCUAUCAAAUAGCAUUGAAAGGUGAUACAUUUUACCUGUACCAGUGGACAUCGGAUUGUGAACGAAUAAUAAGUAGUGUCUAAAUGGUUUUUCUGAUAGUUCAUAUGACUUUGCAACUGUUACAAUUAUUUUUAAAUUUUAAAAUAUUAAUAUACAAACAUUUUAACUUAUCCAGAGAUUUACUGGUAUGUACAGUAAAAAUUUCCUCCACCAAAUCAAUGUGUUUUACGAAGGAGUGUGAAAAUAUUUUGAAUUCAUAUAAUGAACAGAAAUACCAUUGAGAAACCAACUAGACCAUUUGUGUCGUUUAUAAAACUAUGUUGUAUUCUUCACUGUCAUAUUAUAUGUGAUAUGUAUGUAUGAUAAUUAUUGUUAAGUAAUGUAUUCAUAGUUAGUAGUUCGGCAGUUCGCACAAAAAUAAUCAAAAAUUUAGCUAGAGCUCUUCCAAUUUCUUUUUGUAAUAAUUUUUUUUUAAUAUUACAAUCAACAUUACAAUAAAAAUGAGAUAUGGGUACGUUCACCAGAGGUAGUUGGGACAACAAUCGUGUUCAGCGGCACUCAGUAAAAGCCGCUUUUUGUCAGCUGCUACCGAUUUCUCUAAGCGGAAAAAAUGUACGCUUACCAACUUCAAGUUAGCUGCUGAGUACUGGUGAACAUAACGAUUGAAAUGAUUGAUCAUCAGAAAGUUUCGAGUGAGAUUUACCUGAUAAAUUGACAUUUUACAUGAAAAAUUUAAUUAGCGUAUUAAUUUGAGCUGUAUUGCUUCAAAUAAUUAGGAUAUUUUAACUAUAAUUUUUAUUUGACAAUUUUUGAAAUAACCAUGUUCCUUUGCCUAAAUGCGUUAAAAUCCUCAAGCGGGGCCACUUCAAAAAUCGAUUACCUAGCUAAGAUUAUUGAAUAAUUUUCCACUUUGUUGAGAAGAUAUUUAUGAAUCUCAAGAUUUUUUCAUGUGCAAUAAAAUGCUU